CCGCCCCGCCCCCGCCGGCGGCGCCGCGCCCCUCCCCCAACCGCCCGACUAGCAUGGUGCGGCGGCCGCGCGCGCCGACAUGGGGGAGAAGCUGGAGCUGAGGCUCAAGUCGCCCGUAGGGGCCGAGCCCGCCGUCUACCCGUGGCCGCUGCCGGUCUACGACAAACACCACGAUGCUGCUCACGAAAUCAUCGAGACCAUCCGGUGGGUCUGCGAAGAGAUCCCGGACCUCAAGCUCGCUAUGGAGAACUACGUUUUAAUCGACUACGACACCAAAAGCUUCGAGAGCAUGCAGAGGCUCUGUGAUAAGUACAACCGCGCCAUCGACAGCAUCCACCAGCUGUGGAAGGGGACCACUCAGCCCAUGAAACUGAACACCCGGCCGUCCAACGGGCUCCUGCGCCACAUCCUGCAGCAGGUGUAUAACCACUCGGUGACGGACCCCGAGAAGCUCAACAACUACGAGCCCUUCUCCCCAGAGGUGUACGGGGAGACCUCCUUUGACCUGGUCGCGCAGAUGAUCGACGAGAUCAAGAUGACCGAGGACGACCUGUUUGUGGACCUGGGCAGCGGAGUGGGCCAGGUCGUGCUCCAGGUGGCCGCGGCCACCAACUGCAAACAUCACUACGGCGUGGAGAAAGCCGACAUCCCAGCCAAGUACGCGGAGACCAUGGACCGAGAGUUCAGGAAGUGGAUGAAAUGGUAUGGAAAAAAGCAUGCAGAAUACACACUGGAAAGAGGCGACUUCCUCUCGGAGGAGUGGAGAGAGCGGAUUGCCAACACAAGUGUUAUAUUUGUGAAUAACUUUGCCUUUGGUCCUGAGGUGGAUCACCAGCUGAAGGAGCGGUUUGCGAACAUGAAGGAAGGCGGCAGAAUUGUGUCCUCGAAGCCCUUUGCGCCUCUGAACUUCAGAAUAAACAGCAGAAACUUGAGCGACAUCGGCACCAUCAUGCGCGUCGUGGAGCUCUCGCCCCUGAAGGGCUCUGUGUCCUGGACGGGGAAGCCGGUCUCCUACUACCUGCACACCAUCGACCGCACCAUACUUGAAAACUAUUUUUCUAGUCUGAAAAACCCAAAACUCAGGGAGGAGCAGGAGGCGGCUCGGCGCCGGCAGCAGCGAGAGAACAAGAGCAACACGACCACUCCCACCAAGGUGCCCGAGAGCAAGGCCGCCGUGGCCGCGGACACCCCCGUGGAUUCCGGUGCCGAGGAAGAGAAGGCUGGGACGACCGCCAUCAAAAAGCCGUCCCCCUCCAAAGCCCGGAAGAAGAAGCUGAACAAGAAGGGGCGGAAAAUGGCCGGCAGGAAGCGCGGGCGCCCCAAGAAGAUGAGCGCUGCCAACCCCGAGCGCAAGCCCCGGAAGAGCCAAACUGCACUGGACCUCCUGCACGCCCCGGCCUCGUCGCAGACGGCGGCGCCCUCGCCACAGGAUGCGUACAGGUCACCUCACAGUCCCUUCUAUCAGCUACCUCCCUGCGUGCAGCGGCACGCCCCCGACCGGCCGCUGCUGGCAGCCACCCCGCCCGCACUGCAGAAGCUGCUAGAAUCCUUCAAGAUUCAGUACUUGCAGUUCUUGGCCUACACCAAGACCGCCCAGUACAAGGCCAGCCUUCAGCAGCUGCUGGACCAGGAGAAGGAGAAGAACGCCCGGCUGCUGGGGGCCGCACAGCAGCUGUUCGGCCACUGCCAGGCCCAGAAAGAGGAGAUCAAGAGGCUCUUCCAGCAGAAACUGGAUGAGCUGGGGGUGAAGGCGCUGACCUACAACGACCUGAUUCAGGCGCAGAAGGAGAUCUCGGCCCAUAACCAGCAGCUGAGGGAGCAGACGGAGCAGCUGCAGGAGGACAACAGGGAGCUGAGGAGCCAGAGCCUGCAGCUGCUCAAGGCUCGGUGUGAGGAGUUGAAGCUGGACUGGUCCACGCUGUCGCUGGAGAACCUGCUGAAGGAGAAGCAGGCCCUGAGGAGCCAGAUCUCCGAGAAGCAGAGGCACUGCCUGGAGCUGCAGAUCAGCAUCGUGGAGCUGGAGAAGAGCCAGCGGCAGCAGGAGCUCCUGCAGCUCAAGUCCUGCGUGCCGCCCGACGACGCCCUGUCGGCGCACCUGCGCGGGAAAGGCGCCCUGGGCCGGGAGCCGGAGGCGGACCCCGGCCGGCUGCACCUCGACCUGGACUGCUCUCGGUUCUCCCUGCCGCACUUCAGCAGCGCCAGCCCGGAACUCUCCAUGAACGGCCACGCGGCCGGCUACGAGCUCUGCGGUGCGCUGAGCCGGCCCCCGUCCAAGCAGAACACCCCCCAGUACCUGGCCUCCCCGCUGGACCAGGAGGUGGUGCCCUGCACCCCCAGCCACGGCAGCCGGCCAAGGCUCGAGAAGGUGUCUGGCCUGGCCUUGCCGGACUACACCAGGCUUUCCCCGGCCAAGCUGGUGCUGAGGCGGCACCUCAGCCAGGACCACGCGGCCGGCGGCAAGACGGCGGCCGGGGAGCUGCACCCGCGAGCCGAGCACGCCAAGGAGAACGGCCUUCCGUACCAGAGCCCGGGCAUCGCCAACGGCAUCAAGCUGAGCCCUCAGGACCCCCGGCCCUCAUCCCCCGUGGCCUUACAGAUGACAGGGGAGAGGGGCAGCGAGAAGGGUUUGAAGGAGCGUGCCUACGCCAGCAGCGGGGAGGCCAUCACCAGCCUGCCCGUCAGCAUCCCGCUCAGCACCGUGCAGCCCAGCAAGCUGCCCGUCAGCAUCCCUCUGGCCAGCGUGGUGCUGCCCAGCCGUGCCGAGAAAGUGAGAAGCACCCCCAGCCCCGUGCCGCAGACCCGAGAGUCCUUGUCCACACUUGAAAAGCAGAUGGGCGCUAACGCACACAGCGCCGGAAGCAAAAGUCUCGCCCCAGCCCCUGCAGGCUUCUACGCGGGCUCGGUGGCCGUCAGCCCAGCCCCCCUCGCUUCCGGAGCAGAUCCCGGCACCUUUGACGAGGUCCCCAGCGCAGGCGGUCUGUUUGCCAGCGUGGGGUCCUGUGGCUCCACCCCGCAGCACCCGCCCCUGCUGCCGCAGCCCCGCGGCUCUGGCGCAGCCUCGCCCGCCCACCCGCUCUGCGCCAGCCCCCGCCUGGGCGGCGCCGCCCAGGGUCCGCUCCCUGACGCCAACAAAGGGGACCUUCCUCCCGAGGCCGGCUUCUCGGACCCCGAGGGCGAAGCCAAGCGGAGGAUCGUCUUCACCGUCUCGGCCGGCGGGGGCAGCACCAAGCAGUCGCCUCCCAGCAAGCCCAGCCCUCUGCCCACGGGCGGCCGCGGGGACGGCAGCCAGGGCCACGGGCAGGACAGCCGCAAGCGGGGCAGAAGGAAGCGGGCGGCGGCAGGGACCCCCGGCCUGAGCUCAGGCGUGUCGCCCAAGCGCCGGGCCCUGCCGUCCGUGGCCGGCCUCUUCACGCAGUCUUCAGGGUCCCCCCUGAACCUCAACUCCAUGGUUAGCAACAUUAACCAGCCUUUGGAAAUCACGGCCAUUUCGUCCCCUGAGAGCCUGAAGAGCUCCCCUGUCCCCUACCAGGACAGCGACCAGCCACCCGUCCUCAAGAAGGAGAAGCCCCUGAGCCAGACCAACGGGGCCCACUACUCCCCACUGACCUCGGACGAGGAGCAGGGCUCCGAGGAUGAGCCGGGCAGCACCAGAAUUGAGAGAAAAAUUGCGACAAUCUCCUUAGAAAGCAGAUCUCCCCCGAAAACCUUGGAAAACGGUGGUGGCCUGGCGGGGAGGAAGCCGACCCCUGCCGGCGAGCCCGCCAACAGCAGCAAGUGGAAGUCUACCUUUUCGCCCAUCUCCGACCUCGGCCUGGCCAAGUGCGCCGACAGCCCGCUGCAGGCCGGCUCCGCCCUGAGCCAGAACUCCCUGUUCGCUUUCCGGCCCCCCCUGGAGGAGCCCGGCUCGGCCGACGCCAAGCUGGCCGCCCACCCCAGGAAAAGUUUUCCCGGUGCCCUGUCGGGGGCAGGCGGGCUGAGCCCAAGCAGCAACCCUCCCAACGGCUUCGCCUUCAGCGGGGGCCUGGCCGCCGACCUCAGUUUACACAGCUUCAGUGAUGGUGCUUCUCUCUCCCACAAGGUCCCCGAGGCGGCAGGCCUGGGCGCCCCCCUGAGCUUUCCCGCCCCCCGGGGCAAGGACAGCGCUGCGGAGCCCGGGCCCUUUGUGAACAAGAGGCAGCUGGACGGCGCGGGCGGCCCCAAGGGCAGGGAGGCAGGCGAGCCGGCCCCGGCGUGCGGCCCCCCGGACAAGGCCUCGCUGGCGCACGGCAAGCCGGGCAAGGGCCGGGACCGUGAGCCCGACCUGAAGAACGGCCACAACCUCUUCAUUGCGGCCGCCAGCGUGCCCCCCGGGGGCCUCCUCAGUGGCCCAGGCCUCGCCACGGCGGCGUCCUCGGUGGUCAGCGCGGCCCCCUCCGCCCAGGCGCACCGCCCCUUCCUGGGCACGUUUGCCCCCGGCCCGCAGUUCGCCCUGGGCCCCAUGUCGCUGCAGGCCAACCUGGGCUCGUCUGUGCUGCAGUCCCUGUUUGGCUCCGUGCCGGCCGCCGGCCUGGUGCACGUCUCGUCCGCCGCAACCAGACUGACCAACUCGCACGCCAUGGGCAGCUUUCCCUCCGGGGUGGCAGGCGGCGCAGUUGGAGGUGUCUUUAACCACGCGGUGCCUUCCGCCUCCGCUCAUCCGUUUGGAGCCAGUUUCGGCAGCGGGGCUGCGUGUCGCAGCGCCACGCUGAUUAACCCGCUGCAGGCGGUGGCCGGCGCCCCGCCCCCGCCCCCACCGGGGCAGCCUGCCCUCCCGCGCCCCCCUCCCCCUAACGCCGCCUUGCCUCCCGCCCCCGCGCUGCUCCCGGCUAACUCUGAGCCCGCGCUUCUGCAGAACCUCGCGUCCCUCCCGGCUAACCAGGCUUUCUUACCCGCCUCCUCUGCCGCCUCUCUGCAGCCUGCUAACGCCUCUCUGUCCAUCAAGCUCGCCUCCCUCCCGCACAAGGCCCCCCGCCCCUCCUUCACGGUGCACCACCAGCCCCUGCGGCUGGCCCUGGCCCAGGCCGCGCCCGUGAUCCCACAGGCCAGCUCCACGGGGCCGUCCGCCGUGUGGGUUUCCCUUGGCAUGCCGCCUCCGUAUGCCGCGCGCCUUGCGGGGGUUAAGCCAAGAUAAAGACCUUGCUUAGCUAGCGGUUCGUAUUCUGUAAGGUAACUAGGAUUCUACCUCAACCGUGAGACCUAUGCACGCACGGGCUGGGCCGGCGGUGCGGCAGCGGCCACGGGACGGCGGGACAGACCGAGGACAGGGGACGAGGUUCUACUGUGAAUCAGCGCUGCGCACACCUGCGGGAGAUGCUGGGGCCUGGCUCCAGCUCGUACUGUUGAUAGUUUUAGAUAAAGUAUUUAUCGUUUUUUAAAAAGUAUAAACAUUCUGACUUAUUUCACUCCACCGGAGUCGUAAAGGCGACCUAUUGAGAAAUGUAAAUACUAUAUAUGAGAGGAUCUAUAUAAAGACGUCCACCCGAAGGACUGGCCCGCCCGCGGACACGCCGACCGCCGGUCCCGGUGCUAUCUCGACGCGGGCCUCGCUGCCGCCUCGUCCUCUUGGUGCUGACUGGAGGUCGACCAACGCCAAACCCAGGCCGUGAGGCGCCUGCCCUGUUUGUCCCCGCCGCUCUUCCUAUACCAAAGGCACGGCUGUCUCCAGGCGGGGGGUGGCUCGCUCUGUUGUGACAUUCCUCAGAAGAAGCCCCCUCCCCAUCACUGUGAACGGCUCCCACCAGACUGUUGCGCCCCCCCCCCCCCCCCCCCCCGUCCUGGGAUCAGCGCCUUUGGCAUAGGAACGGCCGGUGGGCGUGGGAGGGCCAGGCCCUCCCCGCUCCUGCACGGAGCCCGUUCUGAGUGGUGCUCGCGAGGAAGGUCUGGUACCCGACUCCCCGCUGGCGUGGCCAGCUGGCGCGGCAAGUGCGUUUACUUUUGUGCGUCUCUGCUCGUCUGGGGCUCACGCCGCCGUCCACCAAAGCGCGUAGUAAGCUCACGGCACGUUGGCCGGUGACGUGGGGCAGGUUAGUCACGGGUGCCUGGUGUGUGUGUACAGAAGAGAGUCACGCUGAUGAGUGACAGUAUUUUAUAGAGAUGUGAUGAAAAUUUAUAAAUUUCAUAGACUUGACUUCAUUUAUUUUUAGAUUGUAUAACGCACAGUAAACUAAAAAAGAAAAGAGAAAAGUGAGGGGGGAAACCUUUCUAUUUAUUCAAGUGCACACAGUGGCAGGGGCCCAGGGCCGGCCCUCAGCCCCGGACUCUGCGUCACCGUGGCUCCCGGGGCAGAGCGGACAGGCCCCGCGUCCUGCCCGUGUCUCUCUGGCCAGUCGGCAUUGCUGCUCCCGGUCUCAGCCGGCCCCUGCCCCGGAGCAGCCUUGAUGGUGCUUGGGAAUGAAUGCACUGGGGGGGCAGGCGACCAGGGAAAAGUCAGGAGAGUCGUUUUAGAUGUUUCCAGAGGUCGCCAGCAGGGUCCAGCAUAGCAGUCUGUGACUGGUCCCGGGUCCCCCAGCUGACCAGUGCUGUGUCUCUCCACAGUCUUCAGAAGGGUGCCCCCCCCCCCCCCGAAGCCUUCCAUCCCCUGAAAGGACCAACGUCAGCCAAGGUCCUGGGAGGGGACCUGAACCCCAAGACGGGGGAGGGGUCAGAGCCCUGUCCUCAGGUGCUCCCACCCACCAAGGAACACAGGCAGCUUGCCUCUUUCUGAAGGUGGGCUGUGUGUAGGGUCUAACCUGUUGCUCAAGUGAAGGCCUUGAGCUCCUGCCUCGUCUGGUCUGGCCAGCAAGGCUGCCUCCCUCCAAGUGUGGAUGUCAGGAGUCCUCUGCCUACCCGGGAGGGUCGGUGUGGUGGGCCGAGGCCAGGCCCCACUUCCUCCUCACCCCCGGGGGCGGGGCUGGAGCCAGCCUUUCUGGCGGGCGGGGCUGGAGGAUGGUUUUCUGCCUCCCGCCACCUCAAGAUGGCCGACCAGUCUAUGCAGGGCAGGUCUGGCCACUGGCUCAGCUUUGGAAGUUGGCCGGACCCCUGGUUUCCACCAGCCAGACCCUCCCUGCAAGGGCCCUGCUCUCCUGCUUGCCCUGGGGGUGACGUCGCUGGUCCAGACCAAUAGUUGAGGCAGAAGAUGGUGCUCGUGAUGGGUUCUUGAAAUUGGCUCAUCCUCCUGUAACUGGUGGUCAUGGCUCCCUCCCUCUGGGCCGGUGCUCCCCGGCGUGUGAAGGUGCCGUGCCUCGCCCCUGUGAACCCCAAGCCCUGGCCUCCUGGACAAGGCGGUGUCUGCUCGGCCUCUCUGAGAGGGUGCCCUCCCACCCCGUGUCAGGAGCCCAGGGCUCCCUAAAAACUACAGGGUGCGCAGCGGAGAGGUCACGGCACAAGUCCCUGGUCUAGAACAGGGCAACCCCGUACACAAACACUGCAUCGCUUCGGGGGGGUCCCCAGCGACGUGCCAUAUGCACCCUCCCGAUGGAAACGGCGCACACACACGAGCGUCGGUGUGCAAUCUCAGCGGCCCCGCUGUCCCUGGCGGGUUAGGCUAGGGAGUCUCCUUCCUGAGCCCCUCGGCCCUCCUGACCGCGGGACCAGUCCCCCCCACCCCCGCCGCCAACAGCAAGCAAGGCCGGCUGUGGGAGGGAAGGCAGCGCGGCGGUGGUGCGCAAGGCCCCGGUGCCGCCGCUGACUGCGGGCACCUUCAGGGAAGUCCGGUGGGCCGCAGGGUGGCUCUGCUCAGGAAAACCCAACAAGGAAAAUGGCCCCCCGGGCAGUCGCCGUUUCUCACAGCUACAGACUGACGCGUGUGAGCCUCACGCGCCCCUCUUGAUCCACACCGCUCGCUCCACAGCGGGACACGGUUCCUUUCCGGCCCCUGUCCUCCUCCCCAUGGUCCAGCCACACUGGCUCGUUUUUCGUGUGUCCACCUUAAUUUGUAACUCAGAUGGGGCUUCGCUUUGUGUUUCUGGUAGACUGUGUUUCAGUUGGGGGUGGGUGCUGGCAUGGCCUGUCCCUCCCCGGGCUGCUGCCUCGACCCCCCCCCUGUCCUAAGAGAACCCCAACGCGCUCUGCAUCUCCACCUCUAGGCGCUGUAAUAAAAUACUUUUCAUUUGAA